AUGGAAUUAUUGCGCCUGUUGCUGUCCCAUCCGUAUGCCAGCGCUGUGGUUCUUGGGCUGGCGUAUCUCAUCGCUCUGGCCGUUUACCGGCUAUGGUUUUCACCCAUUGCCCAUUUCCCUGGUCCUCGUCUAGCUGCAUUGACGGUUUUGUAUGAGUUCUAUUAUGAUACUAUAUGUUGUGGUCAAUUCACCUUCCAAAUUGGCCGACUCCACGAAAAAUAUGCAUUGGCUGAUUUUAAUGGCGAAACAGGUCCCGUUGUGCGCAUCAGUCCUACUGAGCUUCACGUCGAUGACCCGGACUACUACGAAGUCAUCUACUCCCGCGAUAGUCCCCGUAAUAAGUAUGACUACUUUGUCCGACCGUUCAAUGCUCCCAUGGCCCUCCUCACUGCUGUCGACCAUUACCGUCACCGGUUGAUCCGAUCGCAUAUGAACCCUUUCUUCUCCACCACGCGCAUUCGCCAGCAGGAACCAGCCCUCAGAGCCCUGGUUGACAAGCUCUGCCGGCGCCUGGAUGAAUUGAAGAACACGGGCCAGCCGGUCAACAUCGAGUACCCGUAUACCUGCUAUACAACAGAUGCGAUUUCCGAUUACACGAUGGGCGCCGGAUAUAGUUAUCUCGACGAGCCUGACUUCAUUCCCCAAUGGAACCAUACACUUAUGGGAACGGCCAAGACGCUGACGUUCGUUCGGUCAGUCGCCUGGAUGCUGCCUCUCCUCCUUGCCUUGCCAGAAUCUACGAUUGCCUGGCUCAAUCCCGGAAUGGAGUUGUUUUUCCAGUAUCAGCACCGAUGUCGAAGCCUCAUCCGUUCAAUUGCCAAAAGUCAUCAAGAGAAACAGGCAAACCCGAAAGCUUCCGACAAUAAAGAAAGAGAAACUCUUUUCCAUGAUAUUCUCAGUAGCGACCUACCGGAACAGGAGAAGAGUGAAGCGCGACUGGCUCAGGAGAUGCAGACCAUAGUGUCUGCUGGGGCUGAGACUACGGCAAAGGCCAUGUCUUAUAUCACUUUCUAUCUUCUCAACGACCCAGAGAUCAUGGGGAAACUAAAGGAGGAAUUAAACCGGUUAGACCCCGACCAGAAUGCGUCGUUGGUUCAGCUCGAACAGAUGCCCUACUUGAAUGGAGUUUUGCUGGAAGGAAUUAGACUGUCGUACGGCGUGACGGCCCGGCUACCUCGAAUUGCACCGUAUAACGCACUGAAAAUUGGUGACUGGACCAUUCCCCCAGGUACACCCAUCAGCAUGAGCUGCCUGCUGAUGCAUCACAACGAGGCUGUUUUCCCCGACUCUUUCCGUUUCCUUCCAGAGAGAUGGACGGAUCCUGCUGAGCGGAAGCGACUGGAGAAAUACUUAGUUUCUUUCAGUAAAGGAUCGAGGCAAUGUAUUGGAAUGCAUCUGGCAAGAUCCGAGAUCCUCCUGGUUAUCUCGACAGUUUUGCGACGAAUGAACUUUGAGCUGUUUGAGACCACGAUCGAAGAUGUUCGUGUCAAGCACGAUAUCUUCAUCCCUUUUGUCAACAUGGACAGCAAGGGAGUGCGUGUUUUGAUUAAGGAUUAA